UGUACCAAAAAAAAAAAAAAGAAUGCAAGUAUUGUACAUGACCAUGGUGUUCCAUAAAUAAAAAGUGUACCUAUUCUUCUCUCACCUUAGACUGUGUUGAAACAACGUGCAAUCAAGACUCACGAUCAGUUUUAAGGAUUCUGCAGCACAAUCAUCAAAAUAAACCAGAAAAAAAAAAUCAAAAAAUAAAAAAAAAUAAAAGAAAAAAAAAAAAGAAGAAAAAGAAAGGAUUUUUUUUUUUUGUUCUGAAAAAUGCAGAAUCUACCAAAUUCUGCAGAUGGAGUACGCUAAUUCAAGACCCAUUUUUUCCCUUCUUGUUCUUCAUCAUCAGGAGACAGAACAGGUUGCAAUCAAAAAGACCAUAGCUUGUAUGCAAAGAGAAUCAUCAUCAUCAUCAUCAUCAUCAUCAUCAUAUAAUAAGGCAAAACAAAAAGUGAAAUAUUCAAACUCAGUUGUUGCCAAGGUACGAUGUAAGACUCUUGUUUUCCAUGAUUGUUGGAAAAAAUUCCCAUUUUUAAUGUUCUGUUUUUUGGGGUGAAAUUUAACAAACUAUUGAGUUUUAUGUGCUUUUUAAGCAAAAUUCUUGAAAGUGGAUUUCCUGUUUUUGGCUUUUAUACAUUGAAUUGAUAAGUUUCAUUUGAUUCUGUUUCUCUAUUCCUAUUCUGCAAACUCUUCCAAUAAAUCUCAGAUUUUGCUCUGUAUUUCUUUCAUUGGAUUUUUUUUUUAUAAAUAUAUUUCUUAUGUUGUUUUUGUCAGUUUCUAACUUCAUCAACCUUUUGGUUAAACAAAAUAGAAACUUGAUAAACUUUUUUAUUAAGAAAAAAAUAAGUUCAUAAACUUUUUUCUUCAAAAGUAACAACUUAGCUUUUUUCAAAAUUAUCAAUUUUUUCUUCACUUCUUCCUAGAAUUAAUUUCUCAUUAAUUUUCUCAUGGUGUGACUUUGGUAAAAAUUAAAUUGACUUGAUUGAGGAAUCCCUAAUUUGAGUGUGAUUAAAGUAGACACAUGUCCACAAAUCCUAACUCAAAUUGCAGAAAUACUGAAAUUGCUAGGUUGGACGUCAUGUCCAAGGUUCGACAUCAGUCCAUCCACUUUGUGUGCGUGAAUUUCCAAUGACUUGUCAUUUUUUCUAUAUACCAAAAAACAAAUAAGUAGAAACCAAUAUAUACAUUUAUCUAACUUAAUCAUCCAUAAAAAAUUAUUUAGUGCUCAGAUUUUUUAUUUAUUUUAUAUAGUUUGUCAAAUAGUGUAGUGGUUAGACUCAUGCAUAUCAGCGUCAUCAACUGAAUUGUACUUGCAUCGCAAAACACAAUGUUAUAUAUUUUUAACUAACUGAAUUUUACUGUAUAUGAGUAAGCUUUAGAUAUGUAGGUUCAUGAGGGUUUUAGCUUGAAAGAAUAUUUGCUUAAAAAAUGUUAGAAAAAACAUUUUGUUCUCUGUAUUUGUUUAGAGAGACUUGUUAAAUUUAAAACCUAAAUAAUCUUUUGAUAUUUAGUCACCCCAAUAUGAAGAGAAAAAAGACAUGUGAUGCUUAAUCAUUAAUGUUAAGAUCUAGAGAUUAGUUUAUGGCUCAUAACUUCAUAUGAAGAGAAAAAAGACUCUCAAGGUAGUAGGGAUAGUUACAAAUUAAAACUAUAAAAACAAAGUAAUUUGAUAAUAAUUCUUUGUUUUAUAAGAGCAACCUUUGACUAUUUAGUUGAGCCAUUAUGAGAUGCAAUAUUAAAGAGUGUAAUGCUUUAUAUAUAUGACACAAGAUAUAUUAAAACGAUUGAUUAAAGAUACCCUAUAGUUUUGCACACACAAAAGAAGAUACCUUGUAGUUUGGCAUUUUGUGGCUAAUGAUUUAGAUAUUUUAGCACCAAAAGCAUAAUUUUAGAUGCAUAACUUCUGGUUCUCCUUGGUGAAUAAGAGAGUUGGUUGGUGCAUCCACUUUAUUAGUUGAGGCAGUUUCACUGAUAAAGAUUCUUCAUCAAUCCAAGAAUGGUGAAGAAGAAGAUGAAUCAAGAUCGGUUGGAACCUAGUCAUGACCCUCUUAAAAUAGCAAGAUUACCUUUUACAGAAAAAAUUGGUGACAUGGUUUCAAUCUCAAUAAGAGUUGGCAUACUUAUCUGCCUUAUAGCAUCCAUAACACUUGCUUUCCAUUCAACAUUCGCUAAACCAGACCGAUGGUUUCCAUUACCCGAACAUUUACACGUUAUACAGAAUGUUUCAGUCAUUCAAAUUGACAAUGAACCAACAAACAUCUCACAUAUUAUAUUCGGCAUUGCCGGAUCAUCAAACACGUGGCAUAGCCGUAGUAACUACAGCAAACUUUGGUGGAAUCCAAACACUUGCAGAGGUUUUGCUUGGCUCGACAAGAGACCGGACGAUUUUAAGUCGGACCCUAUGAUAAUUCCGUAUAAAAUCUCAAAAGGUUGGAUGCGGUUCAGACACGUGCACUCUGCAUCAGCAGUUCGGAUAGCGAGGAUAGUUUACGAAAGCUUUAGACUUGGUCUGCCAAAUGUAAGGUGGUUUGUAAUGGGAGACGAUGAUACAGUGUUUUUCCCCGAGAAUUUAGUUACCGUGUUGGGAAAAUAUGAUCACAAUCAAUUGUAUUAUAUUGGUGGAAAUUCCGAGAGUGUGGAGCAAGAUUUGAUGCAUUGUUUUGAUAUGGCUUUUGGUGGUGGUGGAAUUGCCAUUAGUUAUGCACUAGCAGUUAGACUAACCCAAAUUAUGGAUUCUUGUCUUCAUAGAUACUAUUAUUUUUAUGGCUCUGAUCAAAGAAUUUGGGCUUGUGUAAAUGAAUUAGGAGUACCUCUUACAAGAGAAAGAGGAUUCCAUCAGCUUGACAUUAAAGGGAAUCCUUAUGGUAUUUUAGCCGCGCACCCUUUGGCACCACUCGUGUCACUUCAUCACCUUGAUCAAUUGAACUCGUUGUUUCCGGACCAAAGUCAAAUGAAUUCAUUGGGAAAGCUCAUCAGUGCAUACCACCUUGACCCUGCAAGGAUAGUGCAGCAAAGUGUUUGUUAUGAUCAUAGGCGUAAAUGGUCGAUAUCUAUUUCAUGGGGCUACACAAUACAAAUCUAUACAACGUUGGUGAUAGUAGCAGAUUUGCAGAUGCCAUUUCAGACGUUUAAAACAUGGAGAAGUUCGAGUGAUGGUCCUUUCACGUUUAAUACUCGAUGGCUGAACCCUGACGAAUGCCAGCAGCCAUCUAUAUUUUUCCUGGAUCAGGUUAGAAUGGCGGGCACUGGAAGUGUCACUACCUAUAAGAGAUAUUUUGGCAAGGAAGGAAAGAACUGCAAGAGAGCAGAUGGAGAAGUGCAGAGAAUUAAAGUUUCUGUCUUGAAACUGGAUUCAGAAUAUUGGAAGAAUGUACCACGGAGGCAAUGCUGCCAAAUUAUGAAUGGUGGAAGCAUAAAGGAUGGAAAUGUGCAUAUCAGAAUUAGGAAAUGCAGACCUCAAGAAACAAUUACUAUUUAGAGAUUAGUUGUUUUUGUUGGUUGGCAUAUACUGUAUUACUGUAAAAGUUAAGUGAGUCUUGUUUGUAGGUAUGGCCACUAAGAUUUCCACCUAUGUACAUACAUAAUGUCAACAUUUAUAUAGUCUCAACUUUUAAUAAAUGUCUCAGGAAGUUUGCAAUGUAUCAUGAUUUUGACCAUGUAGGACAUAGAUAUAAUGAGAAAUCUUAACUGAAUGCUAGAGUUAAUAACUCUGUGAUCACAACAGAUUGGUUAUGAAAGAUCACCUCUUGGCUAAUAAUAUGGUGUGUUUGGGGUGUUUAA